ACAUGGAAAGAUUUUUUAUUUUGUUUAAAUGUGAUAAGGUCCCUCCAUCUUCGGUCUCCAAAACCAAAACCAAAAUCAAAAUCAAAAUCUUAUACAGCAACAAACAGAGGAAGAGUGAGGGACAGAGAUGGCAUAUAAUCUCUGCUCUUCUCCAUCCUCUCUUUUUCAACCUCUCUGCAAUUCCCUCUCUUCUUCUUCUUCUUCUUCUUCUUCUUCUUCUUCCUUAAGAGAACCACAUAAUCCAAGAAACUUUAGAGUAACCACUGUUCCAUUUCUAUCAAGAAGAGCAUCUCUUCAUAUCACCCAUGUCUCUUUGCAAGACCCAAUUACACAAGAACCCACACAACAAGAACAUGCAAAUCUCCAAUACCCAGAUGGCAAAAAAGGUUCCUCUUCAAAAUCCUACAUCUGGGUCAAUCCCAAAAGCCCUAGAGCUUCACAGCUUAAGGAAAAAUCUUAUGAUGCUAGGUAUGCUUUUCUUCUUAAAGUAUCCGAGUCUUUAAAUUCAUGUAACCCAAUUGAAGAAGAUGUUUGUAGUGUUUUGGAUGGUUUAGGCGAUAAGAUAUUGAAUCAAGAUGCUGUUGUUGUAAUCAAUAACAUGUCUAACGCAGAAACAGCAUUGCUUGCUCUUAAGUAUUUUCUAGAGAGAUUAAAGUUUGAUAAAGAAGUUAUUCUUUACAAUGUUACUAUAAAAGUUUUUAGAAAAUGUAGGGAUUUGGAUAGAGCAGAGAAGCUGUUUGAUGAAAUGCUUGAGAGAGGUGUUAAGCCUGAUAAUGCUACAUUUUCGACUAUAAUUAGUUGUGCUAGGUUGUCUAAUAUGCCAAAUAAGGCUGUUGAAUGGUUCGAGAAGAUGUCAAAUUUUGGAGUUAAUCCUGAUGAUGUUACCUAUGCCGCUAUGAUUGAUUGCUAUGGCCGAGCUGGUAACGUUGAAAUGGCUUUGAACUUGUACGACCGAGCUAGAACAGAGAGAUGGCGUAUUGAUGCUGUGACGUUUUCGACUUUGAUUAAGAUUUAUAGGAUUUCGCGGAACUUUGAUGGCUGCUUGAAUGUUUAUGAAGAAAUGAAGGCCUUAGGUGCUAAGCCUAAUUUGGUUACAUAUAACACUUUGUUAGAUGCUAUGGGGAGAGCCAAGAGGCCUUGGCAGGCAAAGAAAAUCUACAAAGAAAUGAUUGACAAUGGUUUUACUCCAAGUUAUGUUACUUAUGCUGCUCUUCUGCGUGCUUAUGGUAGAGCUCGAUAUGGUGAAGAUGCUCUUAUUGUGUAUAGAGAGAUGAAGGAAAAAAGAUUGGAGUUGAAUGCUGUUCUUUAUAAUACCAUAUUGGCCAUGUGUGCUGAUCUUGGCUAUGUGAGUGAAGCUGUUGAGAUAUUUGAGGAUAUGGAGAGUUCUGGGACAAAUCCUGAUAGUUGGACUUUCUCAUCUAUGAUUACCAUAUUUUCAUGUAGUGGAGAAGUGUCUGAGGCUGAGAACAUGUUGAAUGAGAUGUUGAAAGCUGGCUUUGAGACUAAUUUGUUUGUUUCGACAUCACUUAUCCAGUGCUAUGGGAAAGCCCAGCGUACUGAUGACGUUGUGAGGACAUUUAACCAACUUCUAGAAUCAGGCAUAACUCCAGAUGAGCGGUUUUGUGGGUGUCUCCUGAAUGUGCUGACUCAAACACCGAAGAAAGAACUUGAUAAGCUUGCCGAAUGUAUUGAGACAGCUAAUACGAAGCUUGGUUUUGUGGUAAAACUUCUGAUAACAGAUGCGGCCACCGAAGCAAAUUUUAAGAAGGAAGCUGCUGAACUUUUUGAUUCUACUGGUGCUGAUGUAAAGAAGGCUUACUGCAAUUGCUUAAUCGACCUUUGUGUCAACCUCAAUUUGUUGGAAAGAGCAUGUGAGUUACUAGAUCUGGGGAUAAAACUUGAAAUUUACGCAGACAUACAGUCCAGGUCAUCAACCCAGUGGUCUCUGCAUCUAAAGAGUCUCUCUUUAGGGGCUGCUUUGACAGCGUUACAUGUCUGGAUCAAUGACUUGUCCAAAGCACUAGAAUCUGGAGAUGAGCUUCCUCCAUUGCUUGGAAUCAAUACUGGGCAUGGAAAGCACAAAUAUUCAGACAAAGGUUUGGCCGAUGUGUUUGAAUCACAUCUGAAGGAACUAAAUGCUCCAUUCCAUGAGGCUACUGAUAAGGUUGGUUGGUUCUUAACCACAAAGGUUGCGGCUGAGUCAUGGUUGGAAUCUAGAAAAGCAACUGAUAUGGUGGCUGUCUAAGCGGGAUUUUGCAUUUUUAGUAUCCAUACAUUGUAUGUGCUCCUCGAAUUCCAGCUUCCUCUUUUACUGGGAUCAUCUCUGGCACUGGAUAACUUUUGCACUGUUAGACUGAAAUUCUGUUUACCCAUUGAAAGAGUUGAGGAAAUGGAAAAGAAAAGUCUAAUCCUCUUGAUGUCUAAGCUGUCCACGUUUCUGCUAUAAGCAUUGAGGAGGCCUUCCUAGUCUUCUUAGUAUUACAUGUUCUCUACCUUUAAAUACCAGCAUUGUACGUAGCUGUUGCCAGGUUUGACUUGCCACAAGGCCAAAAUAUUUAUAUUAUCGUUGACCUUUAAUAUGAAUUUUUAUUUUGUUU